AAGCGAGUCAUCUGACAGCUUCCAAGAUGGCGGCGCAGUGCUGACUUCCUGAUGGGGUUGCAUACGGCUAUCCUUUUGAUCCAUCUGAAGCUGUCUCAUUCAUCAGUAGUGCAAGGGAAGGGGGCAAGUAGAGAGCAGCUGCUGGCGUGACAUGCAGAACAGAGAAGAAGGGAACAAGACAAAAACUAUGUUUCUGUCACGGGCUCUAGAGAAAAUCCUGGCUGAUAAGGAUGUGAAGCGGGCCCAGAAUUCCCAGCUUAAGAAGGCUUGCGAAGUGGCCCUGGAUGAAAUUAAAUCGGAAAUUGAACAACCGAAAGAUGGAACUGCAACUCCCUCCAAAGCAAAAUUUAUUGAAGCCGAUAAAUAUUUUCUCCCAUUUGAACUAGCCUGCCAUUUAAAGUCUCCUCGCAUUGUCAGCACCUCUUUGGAUUGCUUGCAGAAACUCAUAGCUUAUGGCCACAUUACCGGUAAUGCUCCAGACAAAGGAGAACAUGGAAAACGCCUUAUUGAUCGCAUCGUUGAUACAAUAUGCAAUUGUUUUCAAGGUCCUCAAACAGAUGAGGGAGUGCAAUUACAGAUAAUAAAGGUUCUUCUGACUAUUGUAACUUCUCCUUACGUUGAAAUCCAUGAAGGGACAAUUCUUCAGACAGUUAGGACUUGUUACAACAUUUAUCUGGCAAGCAAAAAUCUUGUUAAUCAGACAACUGCCAAAGCCACUCUCACCCAAAUGCUGAACGUAAUUUUUAUCAAGAUGGAGAACCAGGCUCUUCAAGAGCUGCGUGACUAUGAGAAACAACAACAGAAAACCCAUUCGCCAGCUGCCCGCAAAGCAUCCGCUUCCCCCCAUUUACAAAGACUUCACAAUCCUCUGCCUGCAUGUGAUAGCUCUGAGCAAGGUCGCACAGAAGAGAUCACAAAUGGCGACCAGACAAAAGUCAAUCAAGUUGAAGCAGAUUGCUCUGAGGAAGGGACAAGUGCUGAACCCAUCUCUGCUGUACCAGAGUCAGAAGUGAAAGAGUUUGUCCCAGAUGUUGUUGAAGUGAAAGAGUUUGUCCCAGACGUUGUUGAAGUGAAAGAGUAUGUUCCAGAAGUUGUUGAAUCUGAAGCGGAACUUCCCCCUCCUGAAAAUGUUUCAGAAAAUGGUCAGGCUAAUGGAAUUUCAGAUGACGUACAGUCUGUAUCCUCCACAGAUAAUCUGGAAAUUGAUUCCCUUCAUGGCCAUAAUACCAGUUCAAGAUUCUCUCAUAUUUUGCAGAAAGAUGCAUUCCUAGUGUUUCGAUCACUCUGCAAACUCUCAAUGAAGCCACUUGGUGAAGGCCCACCUGACCCUAAGUAUGAUAACAGAAGGUUUAUGCACCGGUCACUGUGUCCUUCCUCUUCGUCCUGGGAGCACCAGAAAGAGCGCCUCCGUCCAAAGCGCAAACAAUCAUGUGAAACAACAAAGUACCUCCGGGCAUCACCUGAUGCUGAGGAAAAGCAGAUAUGCAGGGUCAAGCUGAUGCAGGUGUUUUUUAAAGAAAUAUUUUUAAAUAUAUUGGAGACUUCAACAAGUUCCUUUGAACACAAGUGGAUGGUUAUACAAACCCUGACAAGGAUUUGUGCAGAUGCCCAGUGUGUUGUGGAUAUUUACGUGAACUAUGACUGUGACUUAAAUGCUGCUAAUAUUUUUGAACGACUUGUCAAUGAUUUGUCUAAAAUUGCUCAAGGAAGAAGCGGACAUGAACUUGGAAUGACUCCGUUGCAGGAGCUUAGUCUACGGAAGAAAGGAUUGGAAUGUUUAGUGUCAAUAUUAAAGUGUAUGGUGGAAUGGAGCAAAGAUCUAUACGUGAAUCCCAAUCAUCAAUCAAUUCUUGGUUCUGAAAAAACUUCAGAUGCUGAAAGUGGUGAAAGCAAAACUCCUGAAAUAGUAGGAAGGAGAAGCAGUAUCAGCUCAUUUGAUUCUACAGUUUCCUCAGGAAUCGGCAGUAUUAGCACCCAGGCUUCCGUCCUUGAUGAUCCAGAGCAAUUUGAAGUUAUAAAACAGCAGAAGGAAAUAAUUGAGCAUGGGAUAGAAUUAUUUAAUAAAAAACCAAAAAGAGGUAUACAGUAUCUACAAGAGCAGGGCAUGCUGGGAUCUACUCCUCAGGAUAUUGCACAAUUUUUACACCAAGAAGAUCGUCUGGAUUUUACCCAGAUAGGAGACUUUUUGGGAGAGAACAAUAGAUUUAAUCGGGAAGUGAUGUAUUCCUACGUAGACCAGCUGGAUUUCUGUGACAGAGACUUUGUGUCUGCUCUACGCAUGUUUUUGGAAGGAUUCCGACUUCCUGGAGAAGCUCAGAAGAUUGACAGACUCAUGGAGAAAUUUGCUGCACGAUAUUUAGAGUGCAACCAAAGACAAACCUUGUUUGCGUGUGCUGAUACUGCCUAUGUAUUAGCUUACUCCAUCAUAAUGCUGACGACAGACCUGCACAGCCCUCAGGUAAAGAAUAAAAUGACCAAGGAGCAAUAUAUUAAAAUGAAUCGAGGCAUCAAUGACAGCAAAGAUCUGCCAGAGGAAUAUUUGUCAUCCAUCUUUGAUGAAAUCGAAGGCAAGAAAAUUCAAAUUAAGGAGACAAAGGAACAUACAAUUGCGUGCAAAUCUUCCAAGCAAAGUGUUCCUACUGAAAAGCAAAGACGAUUAUUGUACAACAUGGAAAUGGAACAAAUGGCUAAAACAGCAAAAGCCCUUAUGGAAGCUGUAAGUCAUGCUAAAGCGCCAUUUACUAGUGCAACCCAUCUGGAUCAUGUGAGACCCAUGUUUAAGCUAAUUUGGACUCCACUACUAGCUGCCUAUAGCAUUGGUCUUCAGGACUGUGAUGACAAUGAUGUUGCCAACCUAUGUUUAGAAGGAAUACGGUGUGCAAUCCGCAUAGCCAGCAUUUUUGGCAUGCAGCUUGAAAGAGAUGCAUAUGUCCAAGCUCUUGCACGGUUCUCAUUGCUAACAGCCAGCUCCAGCAUUACAGAAAUGAAGCAGAAAAACAUAGACACCAUCAAAACCCUCAUAACAGUGGCUCACACAGAUGGAAAUUACCUUGGAAGUUCAUGGCAUGAGAUCCUGAAAUGCAUCAGCCAACUUGAACUUGCACAGCUAAUUGGAACAGGUGUUAAAACUCGCUACAUUUCCGGAGCUGUACGUGAUAGAGAUGGAAGUAUGAAGAAUUACUUACCUGGUGGAGAGGAAUUCAUGGGGAUAGGAUUAGGCACUUUAGUUGGAGUGGGAGUUGAUAAGAAGCAAAUUGCCAGUCUUCAGGAAUCUGUUGGAGAAACCAGCUCUCAAAGUGUAGUUGUUGCAGUUGACAGGAUAUUUACUGGAUCUACAAGGCUUGAUGGCAAUGCUAUUGUUGAUUUUGUCCGAUGGCUGUGCGUAGUAUCCAUGGAUGAACUGGCCUCGCCUCAUCAUCCACGCAUGUUCAGCUUACAGAAGAUUGUAGAAAUUUCUUACUACAACAUGAAUCGAAUCCGCCUUCAGUGGUCAAGGAUUUGGCAGGUUAUUGGAGAUCACUUCAACAAGGUUGGUUGCAAUCCCAAUGAAGACGUGGCUAUAUUUGCUGUAGAUUCACUCCGUCAACUCUCAAUGAAGUUUCUUGAAAAGGAUGAAUUGGCUAAUUUCCGUUUUCAGAAGGACUUCCUAAGACCCUUUGAGCACAUUAUGAAGAAAAAUAGGUCUCCUACAAUUCGGGAUAUGGUCAUACGCUGCAUUUCACAAAUGGUGAACACUCAGGCUGGCAAUAUUCGUUCAGGGUGGAAGAAUAUUUUUGCAGUGUUUUACCAAGCAGCCUCUGACAACAAUGGAAAUAUUGUAGAACUGACAUUCCAAACAGUCGGCCAUAUUGUUACCAAUGUUUUUCAGCAUCACUUCCCUGCAGCAAUAGACUCUUUUCAAGAUGCUGUAAAAUGUCUGUCUGAAUUUGCUUGUAAUGCUGCAUUCCCUGACACCUGCAUGGAAGCAAUUCGGCUAAUACGCUAUUGUGCAAAAUAUGUCUCAGAAAAGCCUCAGGCACUGAGGGAAUACACAAGUGAUGAUAUGAAUGUGGCACCUUGUGACAGAGUUUGGGUCCGAGGGUGGUUCCCUAUUUUAUUUGAACUUUCCUGUAUUAUUAAUCGCUGCAAACUGGAUGUACGAACCAGAGGCCUCACUGUAAUGUUUGAAAUUAUGAAAAGUUAUGGUCAUACUUUCGAGAACCACUGGUGGCAUGAUCUGUUCAGGAUAGUUUUUAGAAUAUUUGACAACAUGAAACUUCCUGAGCAGCAGACAGAGAAAUCUGAAUGGAUGACCACUACAUGUAAUCAUGCACUUUAUGCAAUAUGUGAUGUGUUUACUCAGUUUUAUGAAGCAUUAAAUGGUAUUCUUCUUUCUGAUAUAUUUGCGCAGUUGCACUGGUGUGUAAAACAAGAUAAUGAACAGUUAGCAAGAUCAGGGACCAAUUGUUUGGAAAACCUGGUUAUCCUAAAUGGAGAAAAGUUUAGUCCUGAAGUUUGGGAUCAGACGUGUAACUGUAUGUUGGAUAUUUUCAAAACUACAAUUCCUAGUGUGUUGUUAACAUGGAGACCAUCUGGAAUGGAUGAUGAUACUUCAGAAAAACGUUUUGAUAUGGAUAUUGACCGCCAGUCCAUGAGCAGCAUGGAUAGAAAUGCUUCAGACAGAGCUCAUAGCCAAGUGUCUAAUACUACAGAAGAAAAUUGGAGAGGAAAAUCACAAGAGAAAAUGGCGGAUCAGAAACUCUUUGCCGGGCUCCUCAUAAAGUGUGUGGUACAGCUUGAGUUAAUACAGACCAUAGAUAAUAUUGUAUUUUAUCCGGCGACCAGCAAGAAGGAGGAUGCUGAACAUUUAGCCGCUGCCCAACGAGAUGCUUUUGACACAGAAGUACACAUUGAAUCUGAAUAUCAAGGAAUGUAUAAAUAUAUGUCAACAAAGCACCUCUUCAAGCUAUUAGACUGCCUUCAGGAAUCCCAUUCAUUUGCAAAAGCAUUUAAUUCCAAUAAUGAACAGAGGACUGCACUAUGGAGAGCAGGAUUUAAAGGGAAAUCAAAGCCCAAUUUGUUAAAGCAAGAAACAAGUAGUCUUGCCUGCUGUUUGAGAAUUCUUUUCCGAAUGAACACAGAUGAAACCCGCAGAGAUUCCUGGGAUGAAAUACAACAAAGGCUUUUAAAUGUCUGCAGUGAAGCACUAUCCUACUUUAUCACAGUAAAUUCAGAAAGUCAUCGAGAGGCGUGGACUAAUCUGCUGCUAUUACUUUUAACUAAAACACUUAAAGUCAGUGAUGAAAAGUUUAAAGCUCAUGCAUCAACGUAUUACCCAUACCUGUGCGAGAUCAUGCAGUUUGACUUGAUUCCCGAGCUUCGUGUUGUUUUGCGGAAGUUUUUCCUGCGCAUCGGGGUUGUUUAUAAGAUCUGGAUGCCAAAAAUUAAUUUACAGACAUCAGAAUCUAGUUUAUCUACAUAGCACGUUUUACCAGUAAGCCUGUGAUUCCUUACAACAGUAGCCGCCUCUUGUGUAGCAAUCACAACCAGUUCUGCUGGUAAAAUUGCCAUCGAAGAGACAUUUUUAUGUGAUGGUUGCUGUCUACACCCUUGGUAUACCAAAAGUGGCACUUUAUUUUUCUGGGUCAUUUGCUAGGAACUGUAUAAUUUUAAUAGCUAAAUGGAUACAGCUUAUACAACUGAACAGAAGGCAGUAUGUCGCUUGUUUUGUUUUCUCUGGUCAUCUUGUUUAAUAUAUAUUUUAGCCAAAUAUUACAAAAAUGUUGCAGCCAUUCUAUCCCGUCAUUUAAAUUUAGAAAUGCUAUAACUUACUCAAACCUAUUGUAAUUGCUGUUGGAUUUCCUAUUCAUACUGUGAUAAUGUAAUUGCAUCAUUUGGACUGUUCUAUUUAUCAUUUUUAGAAGGAAGAGGGCAAACUAAUUAUAUAUUUUUAUUUUUGCUACGUGGGAGGGUUUGAAGCUUUUUUGAUGGGUGGAAAUAUAUUUUCAUUUUUUCUCUGCUAUUUGACCGUUGUUCCCUGCUUCAUUCGUUAGGAACAUGCAUUCGUUUUGCCACUGCAUCUCUAUAAAUAAAAUAUAUUUAUUUUAUUUUUUUAAGUUUCAGUAAAAAUGUAUAGAUUGUUAAGGGUUAAGUUAAUGAAGCUCUAUAUCACUUAUUAAGGGAGAAUAUAUGAAAGUUCUCAGCAAAUGUGGUGUUGGACCAAGCUUGAAAUUACACUUUCUAUAAAUUAAUACUAAUCUUGUAACUGUUUACAGACCUUAAAGACAUUUGGUUGUAGUGAAGGCCGUCCUUUUACAGCACAUCUGAAAGGUGCUUAAAAGUCUCUCAAAAAAACAUGCCCAAAUUGAUUUAAUCUCAAGAAAAGUGUUGCGUUAUCAGUAUUCAAAGCCCAAAGACCUUUCUGUUGUGCAAGAUUUCUAAAGCCUAACGAUCCGUCAGCUAUAACAAGUAGUUUCUAUUUAUGCACCAGUGUUAACAACAUCAUGACAAAAUGAUGCCUUUUUACUGCACAUGGAAAGGUUUAGUAAGUGUGUUACAUGUUUGUCAAACAAAAACUUGACAAGUUUUAUGUGUACUCAAUGUAUUUAUUUAUUUUAACUUUUGGGUCAUGGGGAGUAGAAAUGCAUCAGGUGUAGUAGGGAAAAAGAAGCAUUUGUGUAUUGUGACUUUUCUAGCAAUGAUAUUCAUUUUAUAGCGCUAGAUUCAUAGAUUUGAUUUAUAUGUCGAGUCAUUGUCGCAGGAUUUUAACGAACUAUAUGGUAAUUUUACAUUUGCUAAAGAUGAAAAAAGAUCAAGCACCGUAUUUAAAUGCAUGUAAACGUUAUUACUGUUUUGCCGUGGCAUACGCACAUAUGCUGCGAGGACCCGUGCACCAGUAUUCAAGUUCAGAGAGCUUGCAGUGGUGUGUAUUGCAUCAGUGUCAUACAAGUGACUGCUGGCUUUCUGUGGUGUGGUUGACCUCACAGCAUAUGUGUAUAUGCCCCUGAAAAAGUGAACACUUUUACUAGAAUGAAAGUAUAUUGCAAAAAUGCUUCUAUUCACGAUUCAGGUAGAGCAUACACUUUUAAACAACUUUCCAAUUUUCUUCUAUCCAAUGACGAAGCAUAUAUGUGCAACAAACAAUCAGCAACUGGCUUCCAGAAGUACACUGCUGUUCCUAAACUUUUCAACAAAGGACCGUGGACAUUUUUUUUUUAUGUUUAUGUACCUUUUAAAAUUUAAAUGCACCCUUGUAUAUUUCUAUUUUGACAUUUCUAUCCCUUUAAGUAGACAUGGAAGUGCUAAAUUAAUUGUAAUUAAUUAUUUCCAUUGCAAAAAUAAAAAUGUUUGCCUGUGUUGUUUUACUAAAUAAAAAUGCAAAAUUCACAUUA